AUGGAGACGGUCGAGGACGCGAGAGCGAUGCGCUCGUGGACGCGCGCGAGGCGAACGAGCGGGGAAACGGUGGGUUUCGUCCCGACCAUGGGGUGUCUUCACCGCGGGCAUCUGUCGUUGAUCUCGAUCGCACGGGCGCGGUGCGAUCGCGUCGUCGUGUCGAUAUACGUGAAUGAAACGCAGUUCGCCCCGGGGGAGGAUUUCGAGGCGUACCCGAGGAAGAUGGCGGAGGAUUUGGAGGCGUGCCGGUCGGCUGGCGUGGAUUGCGUGUUCGUCCCGAGAGCGAUGUAUCCGGGAAAGGAGGAGCCGGCGCACGAGACGUACGUCGAUGUAGAGAUUUUGAGUAAAGGGCUGUGCGCGCAGACGCGCCCGCACUUCUUUCGUGGCGUGGCGACGGUGGUGACGAAGCUAUUCAACGUCGUGGAGCCGGACGUUGCGGUGUUCGGAAAAAAAGACUAUCAGCAGUGGCGGGUGAUUCGAAGGAUGACGCGGGACUUGAAUUUUGCUAUCGAAAUCGUAGGAGGGGAUAUCGUGCGAGAGGAGGAUGGGCUCGCGAUGAGCUCGAGGAAUUUGUUGUUGACGUUGGAGAAGCGGGCCGAGGCGACAGUUAUUAAUAGAAGCCUGCGCGAGGCAAAAGCGCUCGCGGAGCGACAGCCCACGGCGUGUGGUGUUCUUGUCGAUGCAGUGACGCAGGCGAUCAACGGUGGAGGCGGGGUGGUCGAUUACGUCCAGGUAAUGGAGCCGGAAUCACUGACGCCGUACGAAGGAAACGUGUCUUCGCCCUGUGUCAUCGCUGUCGCGGCCAAGUUUGGUAGCGUUCGUUUGCUUGACAACAUCGAGAUUAUGUGUGAAGGCGUAAAACGAUAG